AUGAAACGGCUAAUGUUGGUGGGCUUGUGGUGUUCUCAUUCCAACCCGAAUGCGAGACCAAGUAUGAAAAAAGUACUGCACACGCUCGAAAGCGGAGAUGGAUUGCCUCAUAUUCCUCACGAUUAUCGACGGGCUCUUCCAUCGAAAUUAGCCAGUAUUCCCGGGCUAUCCGUAAGUUCUUCCAGUGUAAAUGCAACAACAGUCUCGCUUUCAGACGCAGGAGCGAUUAGUUUCAUUUUUCCUUCCAAAACAAAUAUCCAACUAUCAGCAGAUGCUUCCAUUUAUCAGAACGUGAUACACCUUACCAAGAGCCGAUCGGGCCUCGGGUGGGCAACUUACUCCAACAUUAUUCCUUCUAAAGCUCUGGCAAGUUUUUCAACGCAUUUCCAAUUCAGCAUAGUUGCAGUCAAUGGCAGCGGAGACGGUCUCACUUUCUUUCUCGCUCCCUCCGACUUUGAAUCCUUCGACGCUGAUCGCGGCGAAUGGCUCGGACUCUUUGAAUCUGAAACAGAUGGGAACUCAUCCAAUCAGAUUGUUGCUGUGGAGUUCGACACAUACGAGAAUGAGUUUGAUCCGGAUGAUAACCAUGUAGGAAUCGAUGUCAACAGUGUCAUAUCAGUGAAAACUGUUUCAGUAAGUGAUCUUUACACAGGCGCUACUCUCAACAAUGGAGAAAAGUGGGAAGUGUGGGUUGAUUACAACGGCACACAGAUUCAAGUCUUCCUUUUAUAUAACCCCGGCGGUGCUACUCCAUCUAGACCUGAAAUGCCGGUGUUGUGGUAUAAUAUAGAUUUGAGUGAGUUUCUUACCCCCAACGUCAAGCUUAGCUUUUCGGCCUCCAAUGGUGUUGCAAUUGAGACUCACGCUGUCCACGUUUGGAAUUUUUUAAAUCAAUAUUCACCAGGAAUUCCUCCUGUAAUGCCAAAUCCAAGCCCAUCCUCUCACCCAGCACGCAAAAAAAUGAAGUAUAUUCUAAUCGGAUCGAUUAUUGGAAUCGUUGUUUUUAUAUUUUUAAUAAUAGGGUUUUGCAUAUGCUGUUGCUGGGGCAAGAGAAACGAGACUUCCCAGAUGGAGGUUUCGCCAUCACCUUCACGGUCAUGGAAUCCUGUGCAGCCUUCGGCUCCACCGCUCAACCCAAAUUCUGUCCAGCAUUGA